UGUUGUUUUCCGUCGCUCCGGCUCACGUGGAAGACGAACAACCUGAGUGCACGUCUCGCGGGCAGGGAGACGAAGAAAGACACAAAAAUGACACAGUUAGACAAUGUAGUAAAACCCAAGACGAGGCGCUCCAAACGCUUCUUAGAAAGCAGAGCGCCGAAGCUGACUGAGGAUGUGAAGAAUGCUAUGAUUAUGAAGGGGGGCAACACCAGUCAGACCAUCACCCAGGCCCUCAAGGACUUAUAUUCCCUGAAGAAACCCAAUGCUGUGCUGUAUAAGAAAAAGAACAUAACGCGGCCGUUUGAGGACUCCACAUCGCUGGAAUUUUUCUCCAAGAAGACAGACUGCUCUCUGUUUCUGUUUGGCUCUCACAAUAGGAAACGGCCCAACAACCUCAUAUUUGGUCGUCUCUUUGACUUCCAUGUGCUUGAUAUGAUUGAACUUGGGAUUGAGAAGUAUGUGUCGCUGAGUGAGAUUAAGGCCAGUAAAUGUCCUGAGGGAACGAAACCGAUGCUGGUGUUCGCGGGAGAAGCUUUUGACACAGACAACGAGCUCAAACGUCUGAAGAGUCUGCUCAUAGACUUCUUCCGAGGACCCACCGUGUCUGCAGUGCGUCUGGCAGGUUUAGAACAUGUUCUGCACUUCACUGCCCUGGAUGGGAAAAUAUUCAUGCGCAGCUAUAGGUGUCUGUUGAAGAAGUCCGGCUGCCGGACACCACGCAUCGAGCUGGAGGAGAUCGGGCCGUCGUUUGACUUUGUCUUAAGAAGAACACAUUUGGCUUCAGAUGACUUGUACAAGUUAGCCCACAGACAGCCCAAGGCCCUGAAGCCCAAGAAGAAGAAGAACAUUUCCCACGAUGCCUUUGGUACCAAGUUUGGCCGGGUGCACAUGCAGAAGCAGGACCUGUCCAAGCUGCACACGCGUAAGAUGAAGGGCCUGAGGAAGAGGAAGGGAGAGGUGGUCUCCGAAGAGCAGGACGGACAGUCACCCAAAGUGGCCAAAGUGGAGAGCUGAUUUCUGAGAUCGGAGAACCAGACUGCUGUCACCGCCUGUGUGUUUGAAUGAGUGUCCGGCGCUGGACUUUGGUACUGGACAGACACCUUCUUUACAGGACUGACCAUGUCCCUUUUGUUGCCAGCUUUUACUGUUAUAAUCCAGUGGCAUGUGAGUUGCCACCAGGCAAUCAAGAUAAAGAUCUAUUAUGUCCUUUCUCUCCUUUCCCCUUUGUAUUUUCCCAUAUGACAUUCAGAUGGUUCUUUGCCUUGAGUGUCAUGAACGCGUCAAGUUAAACAGUCGACCAACAACAACCUUAUACAACACCAUGUUAUCUAUCUACUGAAUAAUCAGCAGAUUUAAUCUGUAAACUGAAGUGUGAAAUAAAACUGUCUUUAC